GAGUGUGUCUGUGUGUGCGAUGUCUUCAUCUUCAAGACACUUCCGUGAAGUAGUGGUUUAGCAGAUUUCUUCUGUAAAUCUGAAGUGAAAUUUUUAAUAUCUAUUUUCACAAUCGACUUCUGUUGUGUAUUCGUGAAGAGUGUUGUUGCACAGUGCCCCGUGUGUGCUACUGCUGUUAAUGUUGUUUUCCACACAAGUUUGUGCUGAACUAUUACACGAGUUCUUCUUUGGGCAGGCAAGGAGCUACGUUUAGCGCGGAAUUGCAUAUGAAAUUCAUGACAAACUUGGCACGCAGACGUGUUUACAACUAAAUUUAAUAAUGUAUCGGUAACUUAAUCCACUCAUAACUACCCGUAUUCCUAUAUUAUUUAUAAAACGUUUGAUUUUCAUUGUGUGUAAAGCUGUUUGGGCUCUCAAGGACGUAAAAUUAAAGAAAUUGCAGAAGGAAAUCUAUUCCAUUCAUGCACAAACUGAUACACUGGAUUACUUUAGUUUAUUGUAAUAGUUGCCUAAAGAUACAUUUCGAAGCACUUCAUACUCCAUAGGACAAACCGAAAGACUUAGAAAAUGGCACAGAUGCGUCAUUUACAAGAAUUUUGUGUUUAAUUCGGCGUUAUAUUUAACAUACAAAUUUAAUAUUGGUUAUUUGUACAAGGAAUAUUUGUACAAACAUUCCAUAGUGUAAGGGGCAUUUAAAUUGCCAGCCUUCUGUCUGAUUAUAGACAGAUUCAUUCUCUAUACAUUGAAAGCAUUUAUAACGUUUGAAUGUAAGAACUGUAUACUUUUCACUUAUAAACAUUCUUCGUUAUAUCACAUUAUUAUUAUUUUUUUUUUGAAAACUUGAAACAAAAGUGUAGCAAGUUAGAGAGAGGGGGAAACAGAAGCACAAGACUCUGAUUGCCAAAAAAAAAAAAAAAAGAGGGUUCAUAAUGAAGCACAUGCCAGGAACUCAAAAUUAUGAAAAUUUUCAUCAUUAAAACAAGGAAAGAGAAACGUUUUCUUAUAGUGCAAAAAAUAACUACAUUUCGACAUGCACGUAUCGGAUGAGAGUCAGUAAAUUUAUCGCGCCAUUUCCUUUAAAUAUAACUUGGAUAAAAUGAAUAUGGGGAUGGUGCAUAGAGUAACAAUGUGCUUAAAAGAGACGGCGGCCUGACGAGGAGCGGCCGCUUGUAGACUUCGCGGAACGGUGCCAAGUAAUGGGAAGCGUUCCAGCGUUGACCGAAGUUGUGAAAUUCCGAUAAGUCGUGCGAGUUUAUGCAAUCUACACGUCACCACACGGGAGAAUAAACAUAUAUAAGUAGCAUAGACACUUUAAACAAUUGAUUUUCAUAUGCUAUAUACCUCUGCUUUAGUCAAUAGUAUUUUAAAAUCAUCAAGUUUCAGUUUUUAAAGAGAGUGGUAGCGUGUUACGGAACGCCAGAAUGUUGAAGUAUUUGUUGACCUAAUCUGGGCUACAGUCAAAGCGUGUAUCUGAUCUGCCAAGAACGUCAUCAUAUCUUCAACAUUUUAUUUAAAUAGCACGGAAUUAUUAGUGGAGAUUAAACAAACUUCUGAGUAAGUUUCUCAAUAAUUCACUUGGACGUUUCUAUUGUUUGUGUAGACAGAAAAAGUGUGGAAUCAAAGAGGCAAACAAGAAGACUAAAUGUGAUCAGCAAAGAUCCUUCACUGUAUAAGACUUUUUGUUUCUCGGCACAAUACGGACGGACGGAUGUUGUAUAUUGCGAAAAAGUGCUGCUAUUGGACAACUGGGGGCACGUUAUAAUUAAGUGUUUAAGGACAGACAGAAUUUAAAGUGCAACAACAUGACAUAUUUUAAAUGAAGCAUAUUUUGUUCUGGUAUUCUUAUACGGUCAUUUUCAAAUAUCUCCCAGAAGCACAUCUUCAUUUCUUUGGAACAUUUCGAAAAUGUCGAGUAUUGUUGCGAUUUAUUAUAAAAGGAAAACGUACCAAUAAAACAUUAAGUUAAACCGCUCCGUCGUAAACCUUGUUCAGGUCGUCAGACAAGCCGUAAAGUUUGCAGAUUUAGUGUCGGAUUAACAAUCUGCAGUCGAAGAACUGUGGAUGACCUCGUUGGUGCUCUAAAAUAAAUUCCUUGCAACCCUAUAUCGGUCUGUUUGAAAGUGCAACUAAAAUAGACUUAAACUGAAGCAAAUAGCUUCCUUAAGUUACACGAUCAUCAGCUGUAUAUAAUAUAUAAAUCUACGGCAAGCCGAGUUUAGAAUUUGAAAUAUAAAGUCAUAUUCACAUCGAAAUUUUCGAUCUUGAUGACAGACUUCCAUCACCUGCUUUACAGACAUCAUUCCCUUCUCCCUGUAACACAGCCCCAUUCCCUAAGUCCAAACCCUGCCCACCUAAACAGUCCUUGAUCUCCAAGCACUGCAAAAAUGGGCGAUCGUCGAAGUAAGAAAGUUCGAGCGUAUAGAAGUUCUCAGGCUCGUAGCACAGAAGAUUUCGUCGAGUUAAGUGGUGACGCUGAAUCUCAACGUGACAUGGGAAGGGCGAAGCACGUAGAAACCCCAGCAGGAUCGUCAAGAGAGUCCAGCUCAAGGGAUCAGAAAAGAAAGCGACCUACCCGAGAACGUUGGCUGCUCACUCGCAAAACAUGGCGUUACAUGGCUGAUGCAGGCCGGCGCCUAAUUCCCGAGGGUGUACAAAACCGACCUCAAGAUAUUCCAAAGAUAGAGGCGUAUUUCCAGGAAGUAUGUCACCGCGAACCAAAGUUCCUGCUGUGGAGAAAAAGUUCCUACCCUGGAGCAUUGGGAUUCAGGUCUCAUCACAGGAAGAAUCGCAGGAAGAAGGGUGGUAGCUGCAGGGAAAAGGCUACUUCUGUCGAUGAGUUAGACACCUCACAUUCAUCGGCAUCAGGUAGGAGGUUAGACCUGAAGAAACUGAAAGAAGAAUUCCUGUAUGGGGUGUCAUCAUCCAUCUCUGACACAGCCCACAGUCAGGGACAUUCUUCCGGGCGACAAGGUCUUCUCCUUGGGGUUCCAGAAACUACUGUAACGUGUCCGGACAAUGAGGAUGAAGAAACCGAAAGGGAAUUGAUGGAGACAUUAUCCAGGUACUUAAAUCUGCAAGAGAAAUCUGCUGAUACCCUUUCAACGGGCGAUGAAGUAAUUGAUAUAGACUAUCAGAGACUAGUAGAUCAACUCAGAAAGUAUCUCUCAACCAGCAACAUUCUUGAAGAACAAUAUGACAAACUGGCCGCAACGCAAGAGAGAAUGACGGUGCGUACUCGGACGAUACGAACCACGACUCAAAGGCCACUCUCUCCAACCCCUUCGCCAUCAAGAGUCUCUUUCGAGUCAGACACACAAGAGAGAAUGACACUGGACACACUUCGACGCUACUAUAGUAAAUCCACUUGUCGCCAGAAAGUUAUCACUGACCUCUUGACAGAUAGGAAACUUCUAGAGAAGCUCUACUUUGGCUUACGGCAGACUAGAAGCUUGAAAGCCAUGCGCGGGGGCAUGGGACUUGAUGGAUCAGGGUUUUCACAUCAUUGGACGUCGUCGGAACAGACAGCAUCUACAUUGAGAUCUAGGAGGGAUGGUGACGAAAUAUACAAGAGCGAGAUAUAUGAUUAUAAAGACAGUAUGGGAACAUCAAGUUGGAAGCGCCUGGGAAAGUCUCCAUCGAGGGACCAAAGAGAAAUGUCACCCCUUUCACCCCCACCUUUGAUAGAGAUUGAGGACGAGUAUGAAACAGUAUCUGUCGACAGGGGAAUACAAACGGAGCCAAUACCUGCAAGUGUCCUUGUGGCGAUAGAAGACGAGCUGAAGAAGGCCCGGGCAGCUGCUGUUCAGGAAGAGAAGGAGGAAAUGAAUGCGAGCGGAGCAGGUCGUCGGAGGAGCAGUGUUGAUAACGAUGAUGUAUCUCCAAGCGUGAGCGACACUAUUAAGCGCUACCUGCGGAUGGCACGCAAGAAAAGCUUGGACGCCGAUAAAGUGGACCGCUUUAAACGCGUCAAUUACGACCGCAAUCUCAGGAACAUCAAGCCAAAAGGAGAGCUCACCAUGCCAGGUGAUGACGACGGGCUCAAUAAGGGCUGUCAGCCUGACGAGAGCUGGAUAGUAGUGUUGAAAGAGUUGAAGGUUGAGGACGUCUUUUCGGACCGGGAGAUGUCACCGGGAGGAGAUGAUUUUUCAGGCAGUAGAAUCACAAGUUCUAGGAGUAGCUUGGAGGGGGCUGGAAUUUCUGACGACGCACUUCUCUCACCACCACCAAUGAACAUUGGUGGGAAACCGAUUCCUCAGCAAACCCAUUCCAGUAUCCUCUCAACCGGCCAGACCUUCCUGACAAACCUUCUACACGGUUUGCAACACCACCAGCAACAACAGCAAAGCAACGAAGAAAACACUGCAAUGACUCGGUCUUCUGCUUCUACAGCUACACCUAUCGGAGGAGCCAUGCAGAAGUCUAAAUCAUCAUCCAGCGUGGUGCAUCAUGGGAGUCGAGUUGCAAAGAAAAUAUGGAGGGCGCGCUCCAAGAGCCAGAGCCGUGCUACUUCCUCAGUCACGUCUACCUGGACACCACAGGGUAAUUGCACGUGGACCAACGUGACAGGACGUCAGGUGACCCUGGCCGACGCCAGUCUGCUGACGUUGUGCGAACUGGAGCGUCGAAUGUUGCAGAAGGUAGCCAUCGCCAAGCUCCAAGCUCUCAACUUGGGUGUCGCCGUUCGAAUUCCGAGCGAGACAGUGGUGUCGGUGUCCCACAAGCCGAAGAGAAGGCCCUACUUGCUCAAGAGGAAGGCACUCACCACUGGCUUUUUCGACACCACGCGCGGCAAGGAUGACAAGGAUAAAGAUGCCGGAGGAGGAGGUAUGGUGUUUGGAAUCCCUAUCGGCCAGUGCCUGGAGAAUGAUCGCCUGUCCAGAAUCCAGCGCGGAGGUUCUCCUGGAAGGGACGAGCCUUCGGAACUUAGAAGGAAAUCGCACCACGGCAGCCGUAGCAGUUUCAGCUCCCUCAUCGAGACAACCACGGCGCGUGGUGACGAGAGUGGGUCCUGUGAGAGUCUCAUGUCGCCGGGAGAUCGGAUGGCAGGCAGCGUACCCGGCCUCCUUGACACUCUGUCCUGUGGGUCCACGGCAGACAUCAGCUUCGGGGAUAGAGAGCCUAGCAUUCCUCAUAUCGUGCAGGCCUGUUUUCGCCAUCUGCAGAAUUUCGGCCUCCACACCCUGGGCAUAUUCCGAGUCAGCAGCUCCAAGAAAAGGGUCAGACAGCUUCGUGAAGACUUCGACUGUGGAAAGGAAAUAAGUCUUGGAGAGGACCACUGCCCACAUGAUGUGGCAACAUUGCUCAAAGAAUUCUUCAGGGACUUGCCUGAGCCUCUGCUCUGCAGGGAUCUUUAUCAAGCGUUUGUUCAAACACAAAAGAUACGAAAUAGGCGCCUGCAAUUUGAAGCUCUUCAGCAUCUCAUUCAACUGCUUCCAGUUCCAAACAGAGACACUCUGUCAGCUCUGCUGAACUUCCUUGUGACUGUUGCUCGCAAUGCUGGGGACUACAAAGAUGAAACAGGAGAGUGUAUGUCUGGGAGCAAGAUGGAUUCCAACAACCUGGCAACAGUAUUUGCACCAAAUAUACUUCACUGCAUAAAACCAGGAAGUAACAAAGAACUGAGUACAGAGCGAGCAGAGGAAAGGAUUGAUGUCAUCAAUGUCAUCAGAAGCAUGAUUGACCACAAUAAAGAACUCUUCCAGGUUCCAGCAGAACUGUUGGAUGAAGUUUAUCUUCACAUGAUGGACAGCCAUCCUGAUGCACUAGAUCACUUAUUGAGGAAGAGAGGCAAUCUUGGGGACGAGUUGAUUGAUGAUCUUGAGAGCAGUGUGACAGAGGGUGUGUGCAGUGAGAUAUCGUCAGUUCCAAGAACUGCAGCACAGGUUGGCAGUGAGCCACAGGAUCCACAGCUGGGAGCCACAUUCAGUGAGGCUGAAGACCAUUUGAGAAGUGUGCGGCGGGUCUGGUCACGUGAAGAAUUUCUCCAUGAGACAGCUGGCAUGGGUGGCCCUGAUGUGUCCAUGAGACCAAGGCACAAGGAUCGAGAUCGUGGAAGGGACCGUUCCUCUAAAAAACGCUGGAGAGAAGAGUCCAGUUCCAGAAGAAAAAUUGAAUCUGAUGGAGGGAUGGAGUUCCCCAAAACAGCAUUCAACAUUACAACAUCUGCGUCAGCUUCCCAAAUUUCAAUGUCAGGUCAUCAGAAGGGCAUCCUGUCACAACAGCAAAUUGAAACAGCAACUAAAAUGCGGUCAGCUUCAAUUGAUGGUGGCAAUACUGUACCGGCUCCUGCAGAGCAAAGAAAUCUUUUAGAACGAGGGUAUGAUGAUGAAAACAAUGAUGAGAAUUCCAGAAGACAGUCAUCCCCGCUUCUCUCAGAUAGUGAGAGCGGGGGAGGAGGUGUCAUAACAGCCAGUCUCAAGAUUCCAGUGCCUGCCGGAACGAGCGGCACGUCAUUUGCACUGAAUCUAGAUGAUGCAGAUAUUCCUUAUAUUGAAGAUGGCGGAGGUGGGGGCUUCAGCGUCACCGCAGAGGGUGGACGUCAACAUAUGACAAUAGGUCUUGUGCGAUGUACAGGCUCGAGAGAAGGGACCAACAAUGCUAUACAACACAGACGGCAGCGUUCAGCCAGUGGUAGUGAUUCAUCUCAAGCCUCGACCACUGUUCAUCCACCUGGAAACCUGACAGCAUUGUUCCACCAACAACAGGGCUGUGAUUCAGCGUUAGGUUCAACUGCCACUUUCAGCAGUCCGCCUCACAACACAACACCUUCCAUAUGCAGCAGUGAUGCAGGGCAUUUCAGUUCUCCUCCCUCUUGGGCAUCAACCCCACCAACAUCGCCUGAUGCAACUGGUACAACGGUAAACUUCAUACCUGAAGAACUUACAGCUAGAAUUCAACAGCAUCACUCACAGACAGCAAGAGUCCCUCUUUCAGCUUCAUCGAAAGGAAUAUCAACGCAGAUAUCACCAGAUCAGGCCGGUCUUCAAAAGAUGUCCAAAGAAGUGACACCUGUGAUUCUGCAAAAGGUAACAAUCACUUCAACAAGUGAACUGCACCAGGUACAGAGAGGUGAUGCUGCAAAUGAUAGGCAACCUGAUAUUCGAGGUUCAAAGUUAGCAAUUCACAAAGUGCAAACCACAACAGGAGAACUACCGAAGAGUGCCAGCACUUCUGCAGUUGUCAGUAGCCUUAAAAAGUCUGUAGAGUUUGAAUCAGAACCAAUAGGAAGUGACAGAAAACUUACAACAAGUAUAUCCAGUAUUGGUGGUGCUGUUAUGAGGUCAAAGACAGCAGAUAUUGAGAGAAUGCUUAGGAUAAAAGGGACUGAAGCUGGUAAAGUUAAGUCUGUAACAACACAGCUGCCUCAGCAAACAUCUGUUCCAGAUGAUAAAAAGAAAUAUUCAAAACGACGAUACACAGAUUCUCGGCACCAAACAAGACAUAUACCAGAUGCAGAGGCAUUGCAAGAAGCCUCUUCUGGUGGGGAAGGAGGAACAGGGAUUAGUGGUGAAGAAGAAGUGGUGACUCGGCAAAGGAAAAGCCAGCAGGGACCUGUGUGGAAAAGACGUGAACUCAUUGCAAGUGAUCCAAAGGACCACGAAAGUGCACUGUAAACUGAGCAUAAUUAAAUUUCAAAAAAUGAAAUUCUUGCAAGAUCAAGGAACAGAAACACAUAUAUAUUCCUGCUUUCAGUGUCUUCAGCUGAUUCAUGGAAUCACAUUUAAACUGCACACCUUGACUGUAAUAGCAUAUUGUAUAUUUCCGGAAUUAUACAAUGAUAUGGUCUCUGUUUGCUGUCAAUAUAACGCAUCUAGUCUUAUCUAGUCUCACAAAAUAAAAGAAAA